AUGUACACGACCUCGGACAGCGAAGAAAGAACAGGACCAUUUCACUCGUCCGAAUUAGAAGAAGGGAAAUGGUAUGACAAACAUUUACCAAUGGCCAACCCCAACAAAGAAGAAUCGAUGGAAGAGGAGGAAGACACUGGAGUCCAAGAGAUGUGGGAAAACGGCUUCAUUGCAGUGGCCAACGGAGAAUGGAUGAACAAACAACAAUUCAACUCAGCCAUCCAAGACUAUCCUGACCUGAUGUUCAAUCGCAACAUCCCAAUCCAGUUUGGUAGGAUGGCCAAUCAGAUGAAGACCCAACCAGCCCACACCCAAAUCCAAAGAGCGGUCAGUGGCCUGUCUAGACCCAAACCACCAGCCCACGCCAGAGCCGACAGAUCAUCUGAGCCUCAACUAGCUUCUUCCAUCCAGCCUGAAUCCACCGGAAUCCCAAAACCGCAGGAAACGCAGGAAACAAAAGAUCCCCUGAAUGACGUUGAACCUCCAGCCAAAAUAUAUCCAGAAUCGUUGGCCCAUGUCACCCCACACCCCAGCCGAAAACUCUCUCGAAUGCCUUCAACUACCACAACCAUUGGAGCCGCCCUGGGUAUCCCCAGCCUUGCCAAGGCAUCACUCGAAGAGAUGAAAGACAUGCAUUCCAUAUGGAGCCGAACCAGGGAUCACCUGUGCAAAUCAAUGGAAGAAUUGAGAAUCGGUGGACACCACAUCAAGACCCCUAGCGCUUAUGAUAAUCUGGCUUCCCACAAUAGUCUGGUCGACAUCUUUUGCAGGCGGUUACAAGGGAGAAUCCAGGACGCAGGAAAAUCCGGAAUCUCCAAGGAAAUCGAGGUUGUCGACUUGAUUGACUUGACCGGAGACGAUAACGACUAUCCUAACAGCUGCUUAGGUGAGCGACGACUCAAGCGUGCUAGUCGCCUGUCUGAUAUCGAAGACGAAGACGAAAGCCCUGUCCAGACCAAGAGGGCACGAAAAUCAUCCCAACAGAUUAUCUUGUCGGAGUUUACAUCCAAUGACGGACCACCCAAGAUCAUUACCUCCAAGCCACCCCAAGACAACAACCAAUCUGAAGCAGCUAGCCAUCCGAAGACCACCGAAAUCACUGUCUUGUAUCAAAACCCGCGGCCAGAAACCCGACCGGAACCACCUCGACCUAUGACCAGAUCAUCCACAAGAAGCCAAAACACCAAGUCAUCCAAGGAUGUUCAACCUCCAAAAGAAAAGUCCAUCUCUACAAAAGAACCAUCUGCCCUGCCAAACGAACCGUCUCCCCUGCCAAACGAACCAUCGACCGAGUCAAAAGAAGCCACAUCAACCAAGGGGAAAAAAAAGGCAGGAGGAAGAAAGAACAAGAAACAAGAGGAAACUCCAGAGGCUCGAAAACAAAACCAGGAGGAAAGAAAAAGAAAACGGGAAGAAAAGAAAAAAAGUCCUUACAAUGAUCCCCCUCAACCAGGGACAUUGUUAACCAAAAUCAGGAAGAAAUCGGAAAGCGUGAGGAUGCACAACCUCUACUCGACCAUGCUGGAAAUGUCUCGAAAUCCCCAAUGGGAUUAUGGCCCUGAAUUAAUGGAACUAGUUGCCGACAUGGUCCAAUGGUCAGCAGGUGACACAGAGUGCGACGAAUUUUACGAAAUGCCAGAAUUAUUCACCCCCUCAGUCGAGGCCAUCCAGGCGUUAGGAGUAGCUCAUGACCCAGAUUUCAGGCACUGCAUCAGUUCAAACCCCAGGUUACUGCAGCUGGGCGCUAGAGAUCCAUUCUUCAAGCGGGAAGUCUUCAACAUAGAGACAGUCAAACAAGCCGCAACAACCAACGGCUCCUUCAAGUGCGCCUCUUGGAAGAGUUUGUACAGUAUGAUGAUUCGAGUCGACGACCAAGACGAUUUCACAGAAGACCCAGAGACAUGCCGCGGCUUCCAAAGUGCUAUUCGAAAGCUACAUAGCCUCGCCAAAUCCUGUACAGAUAACCUCCACCUCUACCUGAACCCAAACCCCGUCAGCAAAGAAGAUUUCAUCCAUUGGAAGCAAGACACGCUGUUUGAAGCUGGGCGAUUCGUGAUUGGGCAGAUCAAAACUAUUCAAGCAGGCGCGGCUUCGACGUUGAAUACGAAUGGAAAUGGAAGGACAGCAAACAGAUUACUAGUCCUUCAAAAGCGCAUCUGGGAGACUUUACUCUGCUGUCUCAUGAUGCAAAAUUCUUUUUUCAUCGAUUACCUAGAAGAGUGCAUCAAGAAAAAGCACUUCCCCGACAAGUCCUUGGAAGCAGCAGCUAAAAUGAGCGAAUACAAUCGAGAACGAUCCCUCUUCAAGGAAGGCGACGUCAAGGACCUGAAUUCGACCAAGGAGAUGAAGGAGUGGGGAAAGAUUCGACUAUCUGCAUUCGGUUCCAUGGCGGUUUUCUUCCUAUUUGGCACGGCCGGCUGGUGGCACUGUCUGACAGACUCUCACAACUUUAAUCAGCGGGACGUUUGGUCUUUUGUUCAUCUCGCCCAUGCUAAGCACGAUUGGCUUUACGACAAGCAACACAUCAACCAAAUAGGUCGAAAGGAUACCCCAUGGGACAAGACCGACAGUUUCGUCCGAUGGCUCCUUAAAAAAACUAACAUGAACUGUGUGCUUCCUUCGGACGUAGACUGGGAGGCAGCUCCUCGAUUCUGGGCAAAGCAUCUCACGGAAAAGACUAUAUCCAGAUAUGUUAUUCAAGACCUCAUGGCAGAGAUGUGUGCAAAAAAGCCAAAUAAGACUCUUAACUUCAACGGAGAGGAGGCCCCGGACGUCAAGCUUCACCCAUCUUUCCAGGAGAAGGCAGAUUCCUUGCAAUCGAAGCUCAUGGGUAGCUGGCCGGAUACGAUUGAAGACCACUACCAAAAAGUCAUCGAAGCACACGAGGAGCACGAAAGAGAAGCAGCUAGGCUACUCGAAGAGGAGGAGGAACAAAGGGAAGGAAGAGAUAUGCUACUCGAUCGUGCAAGCCAGACGCCACCGCCAGGACAAAGGCAACACACUAACUUUCGAUCACCCAGUGGACACUCGGCUUAUUCCCUACUACAGAAGGCGAAACAACCACCAAAAACGACAACUGACUACUCCAAUGACAAGGACAGCGACUCCGAGGCCGAGGAAAGCAACAAAGAAGACAGCGAUGAGGAGGCUGGAGAAGAGAAGGAAUCGGAUGAUGAGAGUGACGAGGAGGAAGAGGACGAGGAAUCACGAGUAUCCCAGGUCCCACCGGUCCCACCAACCAAGACUGGGAAGAGUGGAAGCAGUGAUGGUAGUUCUUCCUUAUCAGAACCGCCGUCAGAAGAAGAACCAGAAAGUAGUGGGACAGACCCACGUCGUGACCCCAGUGAAUAA